AUGGCUUCUUAUACCCCUAAUGGCAAGCGGCGCCGUCUCGACCAGGCGACAAACGCACUCUCCAAACCCUUCAAGUCACCUCUUCGCAGACCUACUCCUACAGUGAAGGAUGAGCCUACAGCAUCAGCAGCCGAAGGAAGAGCGAAUUCUGUGCCGUCCACUGCAAAUACUAAGCUUGAUGAGCAAAACACGGACGCUCCCCUCCCUACGCCCCCUUCAACGAAUCCGCAAGCUACGCCACCACCGUUCCGCAAAAGAACGCUUCCCGGGCAGCGCCUUACCCCCGCACGGAAGCCUGUACUCCCAGACCCAGAAAUAACGAAUCUCCAGAAGCGCCAACGGGAGCUCCAGUCACGCCUGGCAAAUCUGCGGUCCGAGCUCGACACCGUCCAGCAAGCCCUUCGGAUCGAGUCGUCCAAUAGAGAUGAGGAGCUGGAGGCUUUGAUUGUGAAGUGGAAGAGAGUCAGCCAGGAUGCAGCGGAAGAGGUAUUUACCGGUGCUCAGGAGCGAAUCUCGCGAAUGGGGGGCGUCAAGGCGUGGCGGGAACGAAUGAAGAACGACGAUGCUCGGUGGGAGCAGGAGGAGAUGGAGACUUGGUUUGGCAAUGUGGACGCUGAUGCGCUUGAUCUGGACGAGGAUGAACUGCAGGCUCGCAAGGCUGAGAUGAGGGAACAGAUUGAAAAGAAGAAUGCUAAGGAGCAUGGGGACGACUCUGAGGAGUUUACUAUGGAUAUGAUGCUCAAGACGCUUAACAUUGAGCUUGCGGCUAUCGGGUAUGACAAGGUGAACCAGAAAUGGAUUAGGGAAUGA